AUGCAGCUUUUUCUUGGGAUCAUCUUUUCUCUGGGAAUGCUAAUUCCUGAAAAUCUCAGCUUGAAAUUGAAAUAUGACAGGGAUCAGGUUUUGCAUAUUUUUCCAGAAACAUUCGAGCAAGUCCAGCAUCUUCAGCAUCUUUGCAGCACUUUGCUGCUGGAUUUGUGGAAGCCCCCACUGCCUGAAGAGAUCAGGGCUGGAGAAGACCUGCACAUAAGGGUCCCAGCCCCGCUGGUGCAGGAGGUGAAAGACAGCUUAGAUCAGCACAUGAUCUCUUACAAAGUCCUAAUACCUGACGUGCAGGAACUGGUGGAUCAGAGCAUGCCAAGGAAGAGGAGCAGCCACAGGCAGGUCCUGGAAAAUUAUGUCUACACUGAAUAUCAUCCAAUGGAAGAGAUUUAUCAAUGGAUGAGUGAGAUCCAGAAGAGCAACAGUGAGGUGGUGACUCAGCACUCCCUGGGGGCGACAGUCGAGAACCGCACGAUGAAUUAUCUGCAGAUCAGCCAGCCAUCAGACAAAGCCAAAAAGAUCAUGUGGAUGGACUGUGGGAUUCAUGCCAGAGAAUGGAUCUCUCCAGCCUUCUGCCAGUGGUUUGUGAAAGAAAUUCUUCAAAAUUACAAAUCUGACCCCAAGAUAAGCAGAUUUCUGCAGAAUUUUGACCUCUACGUCUUGCCAGUUCUCAAUAUUGAUGGCUACAUCUAUUCCUGGCAAAAAGAUCGUCUGUGGAGGAAAAACCGUUCUCCAUACCAGAAUGGCACCUGCUACGGGACAGACCUGAACAGAAACUUCAACUCCUCCUGGGGCAGUGUUGGUGUUUCUUACAACUGCAGCAGUGAAAUCUUCUGUGGAUCAGGACCAGAAUCAGAGCCUGAGACCAGAGCUGUGGCUCAGUUUCUCAGGAGGAGGAAGAGUGACAUUGUGUGCUAUUUAACCAUUCACUCCUACGGGCAGUUCAUCCUCACUCCCUAUGGCUCCACAACUGCACCUCCAAGUAACAGUGAAGAACUGAUGCAUGUUGCACAGAAAGCAGCUGCUGCCCUGAUGGGAAAAUACGGGACCAAAUAUGAAGUAGGACCCACCUCUUUAAUUUUAUAUGAGAACUCAGGCUCCUCAAGGGACUGGGCUCACACGAUUGGCAUUCCUUUCUCCUACACAUUUGAGCUGCGAGACAAUGGCACUCAUGGAUUUGUUCUGCCCCCCACCCAGAUCCAACCCACGUGUGAAGAGACCAUGUUGGCUGUGACCACGAUCAUGGACUAUGUUGAUCAGAAGUACUUCCCAGGUGGGGCUGUGAUGCUGACCUCUGGCAUCAGCAUGGGCCUGUGCCUUUGCCUGGGUGUG